AUGAUCUACACCGGCGUCAUCUGGGCCACUAUCGGUGGCAUACUCCUGAUCUGGGCCGUCAUCAGGCGGAUGAUGCCUCCGCAGUCCCACCGGAACCCUCAGGCGCUGGUUGAGGGCGAAAAGCGGACGGUGGACACGACGACGAGAAUUCGCCAUACUCUUUGGUCUUACACCAACCGCUAUCUCCUGCCCGACUCUAUCCGCUCCAUCUUUGGCCGCACCACGCGCCUGCAGGUUCUCGUGCUUGCCAUCCUCACCGGCUAUCUUACCAUAUUUUCCUUCGUCGGCAUCGUCUACGGCAUCUGGAUCACCCCCGUCAAGAAUAUGGAGGGCGUCUACAACACCCGCAGCAGUCUGGGACCCUUCUCUGACCGUGUCGGUGUCCUCGCCUACGCCCUGACGCCGCUGUCCGUUCUCCUGUCGAACCGCGAGUCGCUGCUGUCCGUCUUGACCGGCAUUCCCUACCAGAAUUUCAACUUUAUGCACCGCUGGCUCGGCUACAUCAUCAUGGUCCAGUCCAUUGUCCACACCAUUGGCUGGACAAUCAUUGAGGUCAAGCUCUACCAGCCCCAGCCCCAGGUUGCGAAGAAGUGGAUCGUGCAGCUCUACAUGAUUUGGGGUGUCGUCGCCAUGAUCCUGCUUCUCAUCCUCUACGCCCUCACGCUACCUCCUGUCAUCCGCUUCACCGGCUACGAGUUCUUCCGCAAGUCUCACUACGUUCUGGCCCUGGUCUACAUGGGCGCCUGCAUCGGCCACUGGGAGGGUCUCCAGACGUUCCUGCUGCAUUACAACUUUGUGGAUGGCACCAAGCGUGGUUUCGUUGCCGCUCACGCCGCCAUUACCACCUUCCCUGACGAGAAGGAUGGCGACGUCGUACGUCUCGAUUUUGAACACCCCCACGAUGCCUGGGCGGUCGGCCAGCACUUCUACCUCUGCUUCACCGAGAGCAGCAUCUUCCAGUCUCACCCGUUCACCCCGCUGAACGCAGCCGUCACUGUCAACGGCCGCACCAAGCACUCGUACGUUUUCCGGGCCAAGGGCGGCGAAACCAAGAAGAUCGCACAGAUCGCCGCGAAGAAGCUGGCGGCCGCCGCUACUGCAUCCGCGACACCAUCCGAAGACAAGGAGGGUGUGAUCACGGCGGCCUCGGCCCCGACGAUGCCUGUCGUGCUCACCGGUCCCUACGGUGACCCGAUCAUGCGCAACAUCACCCCCGAAGCCAACAUUCUGUGCGUCGCCGGCGGCACCGGCAUCACGUACGUCCUGCCCGCCCUCCUCAGCCUGACCGCCAAUCCUGCUUCGCCUCGCAAGCUCGAGCUCAUCUGGGUCGUCCGCCACGCCAAGGAUGUCGACUGGGUCAAGCCUGAACUGGCCGCACUUGAGGCCCUCGAUGUGACGGUGCGCAUCUUUGCCACGCGCGAUGCCGCCUCGAGCUCAUCUGAUGCCGACCGCUCGUCCGAAGGCGAGGCCGACGAAGAGAAGCGCGCUGCCGGUGCUGUGGCCGUGCAGAAGAUGCGUGCUCGUGGCGCGGCGGCCAGUGUCCGCUCUGGCGGCCUCGGACACCCGGACCUGGCGUUGCUCGUGCGUGAGUUUGUGCAGGCGACUGUCGCCGCCAGGACGGUCGUGUUUGCGAGCGGGCCUGGCGGGCUGAUGACGGAUGCGAGGGCGGCGGUCGCGGCUUGCAACGACGGCGGCAAGGUGUGGAAGGGGGAUGAGCGGUUCAACGUCGACUUGAUUCACGACGAGCGCAUGGAGAGGUGA